ACAUUUUCCAAUUGGACCCUUGAUGUAAACAAAACAAAAGAAAAAAGUACAUAAAAUUAUGUCUCGCGGCGGAGAACUGGUCUUUAAAACGAAGAAAACCUCCGAGAAGAUAUCGGAAAACAUUCACAUUUUCGCCAACGAUCCAUCACUGGCGUUUUUCCGGGUCCAAGAGCAUGUUCGCAAGGUUUCCCCAGCAAUUUUUGAGAAACGAGAUGAGGUCUUUCAGCUGCAAAACAAUUUGCAAGGACAUUGCUACGAUAUGGAAUACGGAAUCCAAGCCCUGCGCACCAUUGAAAAAUCGGAGAGCAUAUUCGACAAUAUACAGGAAAUGAUCAAGGCUUCGAUUUUUCUUAAGCAACAACUAAAGUACGAGGAAAACAGAAAGAAAAUCAAGAAGGAAAGCACCAAGUCCUCCGUUUACAAAAGGUUCUCCGCCCACCUAGCCUUGGAUCUGCCAGACUUACCCGAUUUUGGUGGUGUUAUGCGGGAAACCAGCCAGCGAAUGGAGAACAUGAUAGGUCCUGGAACAGGAGCAGGACGCACGGAGGCCCAGACCACACAGUCAAGUAAUCCUGGCGAGCUCCAGAGAUCCUACACGACGCUUCACUAAUUAGGUUUAAAUUUCUUAGGUAUAAUAUGUAUUCGUAGCUUUGUUUAUUAAAAAAUAUAAUAUAUAUAUAUAUAAA